CGAAUAUCGAUUUUAUUGAAGAUCCUCACUUUUGAACGUACUGCGAAUCUCCAGCAUGCCUAAGGCAUAUUUCGACCGUGACCCUAUAACCCUACAAGAGGGCAACCACAUCCGUGCUGAGAUCGGUGGCAAAAUGAUUGAACCCGAUGAAAUGGAAUAUGUGACUGGAGAAGUUGAACGGGUCAUUAUUCAUAAAUCUCAAGAUUCCACUCUUGAGCUUAAAUGUACCCAGGAUGUUCAUUUUUUGCCUGGGGAACAAGUUAUAUUACAGCAGCUGGAUCCUGUUAGUUACGCUGCUCUAGGCAUGACGAGUGGAAAGGAAGUCGAGUUUAAGGAGUAAAAAGGUUCAUGUCGCGCUUAAAAUAACUUGCCAUUUU